AUGCCACGUGGCAGUCGUCAGUCGAUCCGAGCUCUCCUCCUCACGCUCGCCAUCGUCUUGAUCGUCACAGCCCCGACCGCGCUAGGCGAAAGUGAUAAAAUCGAAAGCAGGAGCGGCAGUAGAGACAGCAGGGACAGCAGAGCCAGCAGCGAGAGCAGCUCGAGCAGGGACCUAGAUGUUUCUCAAACGCGUCUCGGGGAACGUGGAUUCGAGCACGUAGGUGAUUUAGGAAGCAGAUUAGAAGAUGCUCUUGAUGAUGAUGGUGGUGGGGAUGAUGAUGGUGAUCAGGUGUUUGGUAACCAUGAGGGGGAUGCUGAUGAUGGUACUGAUGGGAGUGAUGAUAAUGAUGGUAAUGUGGAUGGUGACAUAGAAGAUGGGUUAUUCGAGGAUGCAAUGGAGCAUGUACCCGAGGAGGAGGGGGAGUUUGAAGAGCACGAUAGCGAGUCUCUUUUUGACGAGGACAGUGAAUUGGAGGGUUGGGAUGACGCUGAUGAUGGCGAGUUUGACGUAGACGAUGGCGUGCUGAUCAGCCUGGCGCGGGCGCUGCUCAUGGAGUCCCGCGUUUUGGUGCUUGAUGAAGCGACUGCAGCCGUUGAUGUGGGCACGGAUGCGCUGAUCCAACGGACGGUGCGCGAGGAGUUCAAGGGGCGAACCAUGCUGACCAUCGCCCACCGGCUCAACACCAUCACAGAUAGCGACAGGGUUCUGGUCAUGGAUGCUGGCAUGGCCCUGGAUUACGACAUUCCACCCAAACGGUUCUUAAACGAGUCCAGUGUGUUUGCAGCCAUGGCGCGCAGCACGAGGCCUCAGAUCGCCAAGUACUCACACUCGUCUCCUCCUCUUCAUCCCAAUCUGGCCCUGGAGUACGACACACCAGCCCACCUAGUCCUAAGCGAAGGCAGUGUGUUUGCAGCCAUGGUGCGGAGCACUGGGCUGCAGACUGCCAAGUACCUGCUCUCGUUCCUCUCCUCCCUCCCUCUGCUGUUUUUUCCAUUCCACAGGCCCUGGAACCGCCAAGUACAUGCGCAGUGUGGCCUGGGGGAGGUGGCGCUAGCAGACGAGCUUGCCGGCCGGGCGGCGGCGCAGGAGAAGCAGAUGGCGCGCGAGGCGGCCAAGUGGCGGUGGGCCACUGCCGAUCAGUGGGCGCUGGCUCUCACGCUCACGUCCUCACAGAGGGAUCUGCAGGUACGUACAUGCCACAGAGGUGCUGGCUUGCAUGUUGUUGUGUGCGUGUGCCUACCACAUGCUCUAUGGCGCGGCCAAGUAGCAGACGAGCUUGCCGGCCGGGCGGCGGCGCAAGAGAAGCAGAUGGCGCGCGAGGCGGCCAAGUGGCGGUGGGCCACAGCAGCACAGUGGGCGCUGGCUCUCACGCUCACGCAUGUCUUCCCAGAGGGAGCUGCAGUGGCGAUGGGCCACUGCCGCCCAGUGGGCGCUGGCUCUCGCACUCACAAAGGGAUCUGCAUGUAUCUGCAGGUGCGUGAUGUAGAGGCCAUGUGUAGUGACAGCAAGAGGGAGGAGGGAGAGAGUGACGCACUUGUGGCUGUCGCACAACUGCCAGCCGUCCAGAGAGGCGUGCUAGAAGAGACAACUGAUGCCGCCCAGGUGCUGCAUGCGGUGCUGUCCGGGCAGUGCAGUGAGGAGAUAUCGUCAGCACUGACGAGGGGACAGCUGUUGGAAGACAAGUGGUGGGCGGCUGUCAGCCGCCUGGUGUAG